UGGAGUCGCCUUCUAGAGAAUAGCGCCUGAGCGCGAUGAAUAUAAUAUCUCAAUACCAAAUUUUUGACAAAAAAAAGGAAAAAAAUGACAACAAAUUAAUCAGACGGUUAAUUUAAAAACUAUAUAAUGCAUCUACCAAAAAUAUUAGAGUGCAUGAAUAAAGGUACAAACAAUGGUCAAAUUCGGCCAUGGAAGGCACUUGUUUUCAAAACUGAGAUUUAAAUUACAAAAAAACAAAAAAAAACACUAGAGGUUCGCCAUGCCCAAGAUUAUCCAUAAAAGAAAGAAAACACAACUUACGAAACAAUUUAACAGUCUAAUUCUAACAUAAAAGAGAAAAGACACCGGACCUCCUUUCGGUUACGUCACACGUACCGUUAUCCCGUCGAUAGCAAGAUUUCCGAGUGUCCGCGAAUCCGGCAACAUCCAGCGCAUCACUGUGACGUCCUCGCACGCGUUCGAAUGCCGUUCCGUCCGAAACAUCACCAGCACGCAUCUUUGCCCGUUCUCCUUCUACCGUGUGCUUUCGGGGCGUUGUCAAAACUGGGGGUCUGCGGCGGUGGCGACAUGCAGCGGAACGCGGUGGUCGUGGUGGCGGAUAAAACCAGCCUGAAGAGGCCGUUCAUUUUCGCCUGCGCCGUCAACAUGGCUCUGUGCUUCUUCAUGCUGACCAUGACAGCGGUGGGCCACCGGGACCUCUUGCAAGCGGGACAGCUGGUGUCCAACGCGUCUGUGGUGAUUUUGUACAUCCUGGAGAUCACCUGCCUGCUGCUGUCCGUGCUCGGCGUGUUCGGAGCCUGCACGGGAAGGAGGUGGUGUUUGAUUCUGUUUGCCGCCGGGAUGGCAGCAGCCAGUCAAACAAUCAUCGUGAAAACGGCGCUAAGCUACCAGGACAUUUACGAGACGGGCGUAGCAAGAGAAGAGUCUAAGUUGCUGUCCAUGAUGCCUUUGAGUGCCACAAGCAAAGUCAACAGGACUUUGCUUCAUAGUAUUCAAGCACAUUUUAAAUGCUGUGGGCUCAUCGAAGGCUACAAAGACUGGGGCACAGCCAUCCCUGCUUCUUGUCAUUGUCAGUCGCCGGGGAAAUGCAUACGACUGCGAGGCAGCGCCACUCUGGGGGCUCCAAAGAACCAAUACGUUUAUCAGGAGGCUUGCCUACCAAUCUAUGUCUCGGCAUUGAAACGAGCAUUCUCGUUGGCCAUGGGAAUUAAAUUUGGAAGUGGAGUGUUCUGGGCGGUUCUGCUGGUGAUGAGCUUAAAGCUGAUGGUGCAGAUGAAGCGAAAACAGGAAUUCAUGGCCCUGCUCCAAUCCAACCGUUACGUCCCCGGUGCCUUCUAGUCAUCACGGAGUGAACCUUCUUUGAAUUUGCACAUGCAAAACACAAUAUGCUGUAUACCAUUAAUAACCAGGCCAUCAUUUAAAAUGCACGUAGACCUGACACAUAACCCACAUGCAUUUUGCCUAUAAACGAUGGUCCCGUUUUAACAUUUAUCAAGUACAAUUAUGAUCUGUAUGAUUAUCUUAGCAGGUGUUAACCAACAUACUAUCCCAGCAUGCACUGGGGGAAUUACAUUUCCACACAUCCAGACAGGCAGGUAUGAAUAUGUUAUCGAAAUGUAUGUAACCGACACCUUACGUAUGUAGGACAGUGUUUGCAAUGUUAUAUAACUGGACCGCGACAGGUUUGAAUGGUGAAACAGCAGUACACAGAAAUGACUGAGAAUGUUAACCGCACGUGUACACACCGGAAACCUCAGUUUGUCUAAAAGCACAUGUACGGAGUCAUAAAGUGUGAUUUUUGCAAACGCUUCUUAUUUAUUUCACCCAUUUCAUUUCAUUUGAAUGGCAAAAUGUGUGCAUGUGUGCACUUAGAAGCCAACAAUGUGUAUGCUUGGUGCAUUUUUGUUUUUGAGAGUUGCCGCCCCUCCACCAAGUGUGUCAAAUGAACAUUUAAGGUAAUCGGUGAUGUAAUCGACUUGAUUGUAAAUAGUGGAAAUAAAAUGUAAUAAUUGUU